CGUCCCGCCCCGCCGGACCCUCCGCAGCCUUUCCCGAGGCUGGAGAUGCCCCAGCGCAGCCUCCCGCCGGGAUGGAGGUAGCCGGACCCUCGAGGAGGGCUCCUUCCCGCUCUGCCGCCGCUCCUCCCGCGCCGCUGGUGGCUCGAUAGGGCUUUGCCCCAGCCUCACCUUUCGCGCUGCGCUGCCGGUUGGCUUUAACCCGUCUUUUCCUAUGGCUGGGAUAUACAGCUCUACUCUGAAGACCCUGGAGGAUUUGACUUUGGACUCUGGUUAUGGGGCAGGGGAUUCCUGCAGGUCCCUUAGUCUCUCCUCUUCCAAGUCCAACUCCCAAGCCUUCACCUCUUCUCAGCACAGAGGCAACUGGUGGUACUACUCGGGCUCCAUGAACAGUAGGAAUAACAGCUGGGAUACUGUGAACACCGUUCUGCCGGAGGACCCCGAGGUCGCAGAUAUCUUCUCCAAGUGCCCUAAGCUGCCGGAUCUAGAGGAAUACCCGUGGACUGAUGAAGACAUCGGUAGGAUCCUUCGCAAAGGGAAGGGAGAUGGCCACGGCAGGACCUUUUCCCAGGAAGCUGUCAGGAGGCUCUCGCAGCUGCUCCGGCGCGCCCUGAUCAGGAUCUCCAGGGAGGCUCAGCGGCUCAGCGUGAUGCACUCCAAAUGCACCAGGUUCGAGGUGCAGAGCGCCAUCAAGCUCAUCCAGAGCUGGUCCCUGUCGGAAAGCUGCGUCUUGGCCACCGUCAAGGCGCUGUCCCUGUACAGCAUGAGCGCAGGAGACGGGCUGAGGAAAGGGAAGUCCGCCAGGUGUGGCCUCACCUUCUCGGUGGGGAGGUUUUUCAGGUGGAUGGUGGACACGAGGAUCUCGGUGAGGAUCCACGAGUACGCGGCCAUCUCCCUGACGGCUUGCAUGGAGAACCUCGUGGAAGAGAUUAAGGGUAGGGUUUUGGCAAGUCAGAGCCCGGAUGGUGGAGGGGAGAUCUCGGCCGAAGUCCUGGAGAUGGUUAUCAACAAUGACGCGGAACUUUGGGGAGUGUUGCAACCUUACGAGCAUCUCAUCUGUGGGAAAAACGCGAAUGGUGUGCUGUCCCUACCUGCCUAUUUCAGCCCCUACAACGACGGCUCGGUGUGCAGCGACGGACGGGCCGACGCGUACGCCCAGCUGGAACUCCGGACCCUGGAGCAGUCCCUGCUGGCAACGUGUGUUGGAAGCAUCUCUGAACUGAGUGAUUUGGUCUCACGAGCGAUGCACCAUAUGCAGUGCUUGAACACCAUCCGCCCUGGGAUGAGCCCCGUGCGGCAAACCCGGCAGCAGCAGCCCAUCUCCUGGUCCCCUGAUGCUCUCCACACCCUCUACUACUUCCUACGCUGUCCCCAGAUGGAGUCCAUGGAGAACCCCAACCUUGACCCUCCACGGAUGACCCUGAGCAACGAGCGCCCCUUCAUGCUCCUGCCCCCGCUGAUGGAGUGGAUGAGAGUGGCCAUCACCUACGCCGAGCACCGGCGCAGCCUGACCGUGGACAGUGAUGACAUCAGGCAGACAGCCAGGCUGCUCCUACCUGGGCUGGACUGCGAGCCCAGGCAGCUCAAACCUGAAUGCUGCUUUAGUUCCUUCCGGAGACUGGAUGCUAAAGCUGCUACUGAAAAAUUCCAGCAGGAUCUGGGUUUCCGGAUGCUGAACUGCGGGAGGACAGAUCUGAUCAACCAAGCAAUCGAUGCACUGGGACCCGAUGGGGUUAACACCAUGGAUGACCAGGGUAUGACGCCCCUCAUGUACGCCUGUGCUGCUGGAGAUGAAGCCAUGGUCCAAAUGCUUAUAGAUGCUGGAGCAAAUUUAGAUAUACCAGUUCCCAGUACCUCUCCACGAUACCCCUCGGUGCAUCCUGACAGCCGGCACUGGACUGCCCUCACCUUUGCUGUGCUACAUGGGCACAUCUCCGUGGUCCAGCUGCUCUUGGAUGCUGGUGCCCAUGUUGAGGGCUCUGCUGUGAACACUGGAGAGGACAACUACGCCGAGACGCCCCUACAGCUGGCCUCGGCUGCAGGAAAUUACGAGUUGGUCAGUUUGCUGCUAAGCAGAGGUGCAGAUCCCCUCCUGAGCAUGCUGGAAGUCAAUGGAAUGUCCUCAUCUCUCCACGAAGACAUGAAUUGCUUCAGCCACUCAGCAGCACACGGGCACAGGAACGUCCUGCGCAAGCUCCUGACCCAGCCCCAGCAAGUGAAGGGAGAUGUUCUCUCCCUGGAGGAGAUUUUGGCUGAGGGGGUGGAGAGUGACACCUCCAGCCAGGGAAGCUCCAGUGAGGGCCAGGUCAAGCUCUGCAAGACAAGGAUGAAGGCUCUGCAGGAGGCCAUGUACUACAGUGCUGAGCAUGGCUACGUGGACAUCACCAUGGAGCUCAGGGCACUGGGGGUUCCCUGGAAACUCCACGUGUGGAUCGAAUCCCUGCGGACAACCUUCUACCAGUCCCGUUACUCCGUAGUACAGACCCUCCUCAGGGAGUUUGUCACUAUUAAAGAGGAGGAUUACAAUGAAGAACUGGUUAAUGAAGGCUUGCAGCUCAUGUUUGAUAUCCUCAAAACCAGCAAAAAUGAUUCCAUCAACCAGCAGCUUGCGUCCAUCUUCACUCACUGCUAUGGGAGCAGCCCGAUCCCCAGCAUUCCUGAAAUCCGGAAGAUGCUGCCAGCUCGCCUAGAUCCUCACUUUCUGAACAACAAAGAAAUGUCUGACGUAACUUUCUUAGUAGAAGGAAAGCUCUUUUAUGCACACAAAGUCCUGCUGGUUACUGCAUCUAACAGGUUUAAGACACUAAUGACCAAUAAAACAGAGCACGACAGCCACGGCAGCAAGACUGUUGAAAUCAGUGAUAUGAAAUACAAUAUUUUCAAGAUGCUGAUGCAGUAUUUAUACUAUGGAGGAACAGAAUCUAUGGAAAUUCCCACCACUGAUAUCUUAGAGCUGCUGUCGGCUGCCAGCCUGUUCCAGCUGGACGGCCUCCAGAGACACUGUGAGAUCCUCUGUGCCCAGACCAUCAGCAUGGACAACUCUGUGAACAUCUAUAAAUAUGCAAAGAUUCACAACGCACCCGAACUGGCCUCUUUCUGCGAGGGCUUCUUCCUCAAGCACAUGAGCUCCCUCCUGGAGCAGGACUCAUUCAAACAGCUCAUCUACAGCAGGAACAGCAAAGUGCAGGGCCUGGACCCACUGAGGGACCUGCAGACAGCCCUGGCUGGGCGCCUGCACUCUGUGUAUGUCACCUCCAGGGUGUGA